CAGAUGAGAAGGGGUUAUUGUCCUGGCCCCCUCCCCUCCUGACACUACACUGGAGGAGUUGCAUCCAUUUGCAGAGCAGCCCGCGUUGGCUAUCACCAGGGAAAGCUCUGAUACACGGGACUUUAAAUCACCUCCUCCAGCAGCCGCUGCCGCCGCCUGCAGAUCACAGCUGAGACAGCGCAGAUCACUAUCCCCCCGGCUCCAACUCCCCAGCUCCCUGUCCUCUCUCCCCUCUGUCCCUCCGUCCGCCUCGUGUUUAUCUAGAAGUGACUUCAUCGCACUCUGAGCCGCGGCUGUGUGCUGACACUGAUCCCGGGCAGCCGUAUGGCACAUCGGGGAACUGGAUGCACAACUUGCCCUUGAGUUACAUUAUAUACAGUAGUAGGUGGUGAGGCUGACGUGCAGCGGAGGAAUAGAUGGGGAUCUGAGAGCAGCUGCGUCCCUGUGUGUGUGCGGGGAAGGAGGAUGCACAUGCAGUAACAUCACACCUGUCUUAUCUAUGGACGCGAUCACCGUAUGGGCACCCCGGACACAUGGACCUGUGCUCGCCUGAUCUCUCCUGCGCGCCGCCGGUCACACUGCUGAAUGGUCCCCGCUCUCCGAGCUCCGGGCAGUGAGAGUGCAGGGAGGCUGGGUGCCCUGACGCUGAGUGCUGCUGCUGUACCAACACCUGGGAGCUCCGCGCACCUGCUCCUAUAUGUGACCCCCCGGCUGUGAUACUUUUGGCCUGUGCCAGUCUGCACUCCGAUUCCGAACGGCAGGACUCUGACUGCCCGCUGCCCGCACUGGUGAGGGUUCUGGCACUGAUCACAGUUGUUGCACUGGAGGCUCACCCUCGGAUGUCAGAGCUGCAGCUUGGUACUUUAUUGCCUGGUCCUUCCGUGGUUGCUCCUAGACUAGUCGCUACCUGUGGAAGGCCCCCUGCCCACUUCUGCCCAUGAUGCCCCUAAGUGCCUUCUCCGGCACCCGCUCCCUGAGCCCUGCCGCUAUAUCCCGCAGCCUGUCCCGCCUCCGGGAGUACCGCACCCGCUCCCGGAUCAUGCUGUCCCUCGGAGUCUCCCAGAUGGUGCUCGGAUGUCUGAUCGUGGCUGUCAGCUUCGCCGCCCUGGCUCUCACCACCUCUGCCAGGGUCAGACACUCAUGCCCCUUCUGGGCAGGCUUCUCGGUGCUCUUGUCAGGAUUGAUUGGUGUUGUCGCUUGGAAACGGCCCCUCUCACUUGUGAUAACCUUUUUUAUGCUGCUGUCUGCUGUGUGUGUCAUGCUCAACUUGGCAGGUUCCAUUCUGUCUUGUCAAAAUGCUCAACUAGUCAGUUCUCUUGAAGGCUGUCGACUGAUAAAUAUCAAUAGUGAUGGAGUUUGUGUUUGCUGUGAAAUGCAACAUCAAACAUCUGGCUGCAGUAACCCUGGUGAAACACUAAAACUCAAUCCAUUACAGGAGUGCAGCGCUGUGAGACUGACUCUGAAGGACUUGUUGUUCAGUGUGUGUGCUCUGAAUAUUAUCUCUACAAUUGUCUGUGCUUUGGCUACAGCGAUGUGCUGCAUGCAGAUGGUUUCUGCUGACGGUCUACAGCUGUUUUUACCGCAUAGAGGACACGCAACGAACAUGGACUGCAUGAUGGCCCAUGGAACGAUUCUUCAUCAGACAUUGGAUUUUGAUGAGUUUAUUCCUCCUAUUCCACCUCCCCCAUACUAUCCUCCUGAAUACACUUGUACACCUGUUAUGGAAGUGCAAAGAGGCCUUCACUUGGACUUCCCACACUCCCCCUUCAGUGCUUUGUAUGAGGUGUCCAUUAACAGCCCUGGCAUUUUAUACCCAUCUGAGCUGCCCCCACCAUAUGAAGCAGUGGUUGGCCACACUCCUGCAAGCCAGGGAACCAGUACGGACCAGCAGGCAACAGAAUCCAGCCUUGGUGACAGAAAUACCACAGCUGGCUUCAGUACACAAGUGUCUGUAGACAGCACCUCAAUUCUGGUAUCUGAAGUGGCUGACAUCCCAGCACAUAGCUGCUCCUCGGAGGACCUGUGUUCCCUGGAGGUCCAUGGCUCUUUACGUUCUGCAGACUUCUCUCCUUAUAGUACAAUACGCACAGCAGCCAUGGGGAGUAGCUGUGCCAGCUUAGAACAUAGUCUUCGCUGUGGCCUUCAUCUCACCAAUUCACAGUGUUCACCUGACGAUGAUGGUAGCAGAGCCUCCACAGACAGGUCUCAGUGGCAAGAUUGUGAGAACUACACUCAGUCCAGGUCAUUGGACUCUUCCACUGAGAACUUUAGCUCACAAGAAAGAGAGACUCAGCUUUCAGCCAAAGAAAAAAAAGUGUCUCAGUCUUUGAAACCUAUAAAAAUGUGCUGCGGUGUUUUUAGUCAGCCACCUGGACAAUGCCAGCCAUCACCCAGCUCAUUACCCGUAAAUCUAGCCCCUCACUCGGGGCGCCUGGAAAAGACAGUACAGCAACAUCAUACCAGGAAAUACCGGAUUGCCAGUAUAGUGCGUUCCACCAGUGACCCUGUUUCCUGCUCAUCCGGCACAGAAGCCCCUUGUUCAUAUCCUCACGUGACUGCCUCUGCUUGCCAGGACACAGGAAACCAUUUAUUACUGGGACGACAGAAAGACCCAAGGAAAGGGAAUUAUCGAAUCAAACCCAAGGCCUUAAAGAAUAUAUCAAAAGAAAGGCCAAAUUCUCUGGUUGACCUGAAAACUUACAAGGACACAAAGAUUUUAGUGGCUAAAUUUCUGGAACAUUCAAAUUGUCACCUCUCUCCGGAAGUGCAACAUGUUGUAAAUAGCAUUAAAUCUGUAAUCAAAUCAGAUGAAAGGCACAUGGAGGAAGCUAUUUUUAGUGCCAACGUUAUAGACCAGGUAAUAACAAACUCUCAUCAGAACGUCAGCAUAUCCAGAAAACGGCUGCAGGAAGAUCUUCACCUUCGGAGCUGUGGAGCUCUCAGUUCUCCAGUAGCAUUUCUACACAGGAUACAUCUAGCUCGAGAUCUAAAUCAGGACAGGCCACAUAGUCUAGUUGGUGUCUGCAGAGAAACCAUCCUUUGAUUACCGUCUUUUAACAGAUUGCAUGCAAAACCGAGGACUCUGAAAUUGAACUGUAUCACCUUGCACCAACUACAACAUGGCAUUUCCUAUCUGGACUUCGUCAUGCAUGGGACUAGAGACUCCAUCUUUGAAGAGGUCCCUGAAUGUAUUAGGUUCUGCAACAACAAUGCAAGCUAUAUUUCCACACACAAAGCCUUUUUGGAACAGAUGUCUGGAUGUUAAUCUAUUUUUAAUUUUGAAAAUAGAGAUAUGGAUAUUGCUGCCAUGUAGCUUCAUUUAAUGUUCGCAUCUUAACAGUUAUCACCUAUCAGAAAAAGGGACCCUUUUGUGACCCUGCAAGCUUGCACCAAUGAAAGCUAGCAUAACACACAAACAAAAUCUUCAGAAGAAAGUUAUUUUACAACCUCAGUGUUGUAUUACUUUACUUUAUGUACCUCCAAGUGGUUUCACAAAGUGUUUAAUAAAAAAUAAAUAAAAAGAUAAUCUGAAA